GAACGCUAUUUAAUGGAUUUGUGUAUGUAAGCGCCCAACGCACAUAUGUACACUCAGAGCGCUAGUGUGACGCUGUCACUGUGCCUACUUAGGUUCUCUUUGUCACUGUCAGAAUCUCUAUACUCGUCCACUCUUGUCUUUCAUUGUUCAUUCUGUGUCCAUAAUCAUCCAUUCACUCUGAACGUUGUAUUUCUACAAGAUCACUCAACUCAUCAUCGUUAAGCUCACGAUUUACCUCUGACUAUUCCCUGUACUUCCAGUUCUCCACCUGCAGUGAUGGGCCAAAGUCAAAGCGACAGCAAUGACUCCAGAAAUCGGAGAGUUCAGACUAGCCCUCUUUCCGCUGAUAUUCUCUCGGCGGGCGACAGCACAGACGGACGACGUUUCCUAGCUCAGCCGCAGCUAACGCCCUCCAGUAAAACGACAGUCAGGUCAUCUGGCUUGACUCGAAGACGAAAAGCCGUUCAAAGAAGAUUAUCAAGUAUCGUCAAGCCAAAACUUGAACCCGAAGCUACGAGCUCUCGAGCUCGAGUCAAUGAGGGGAGACAGUUGGCGCAGACCGAUAUACCUGAAGCAUCUGGACAUCGGUCUGCUUGGCGGAGAUCAGUUAGAUUUGUCAAAUCUACAAUUCUUACACCUGCUCUCUCUAUGCCUCCGUUGUCUGGCGAAGAAAGCAGUUCCGACCCACUGGCAGUUCAUACUGAGUCCAUUGCAGCACUUUCCUCCCCACAAGCAGCAGGCGAGAUGGAAACCACAGACCAGUUUGCCGUUGCGACCGCUGAAAACCCGAUAGUAGUCGCCAGCAAUGCCAACUCUGGUCCCACAUCUGAGAAUGUCACAGUCCUUCUAGAGCCCAAUUCAACUUCCACUGCAACUGCGACAGUUCCCGUUUCUCCUGCUCGUCCACAAUUUCCUCCAUCUGGUACUCUUGUCGUUGUUCAAGGUGUGGUGCACACCUCCGAUGUUCAGAUGCCGACAGAGACAUCAGCACCACUUCUCUCACAGACACAGAAUCACAAUCACAAUCCCACACCUCCCAGCUCAGUCAUUGCGGAAGCUCCGCAAACCACGGACGAUUUCAGAACAGUCCAAAGGGUACCCAGCUCUGUUUCAUCAGGACCUAGAGGAAGGCUUUCGGCACUACUGCGCCGUACCCAUAGAUCACCAUCUAGUUCGAGAGCUAGAAGUGUGUCUUCCGCUUUUGACAGCAGUAGUACUCAUUCGGCGAAUGAAGCAUCGACCGACAUUCGACAGUCAACUGUAGAUGCAGCAGAUGUACAGUCGAGUACUCUUUACCCAUCCUCACCUUCGCCACCGGUGAUCCAGCGCGGCAAUCCAUCAGGCACUAUAUCAUCUAGCAGUAUAGAUGUCCUCGGCACCUUACUAAGCGUCGCAGCAGCAGCGACUGCGGCCUCUCUCCUCACUGGAUCCUCGGAUUCUACUUCUUCUACAGGUUUAGCUCACCCUUCUCUCGUCACCACCGGAACACCAUCGAGCACCUCUAUCCCGAGUGCAGAUACCCCUGCACUAGACGUUCCUUCUUCAUUAGCGUUUUCGUCGCCAUACCCAUCGACCUCAAGGAGACCUCUCUCGACUCAAAUUAACACAACAAACACCGAAUCAGUCGGCGCCAGAGACAGAGCGGAGAGAAUAAGUCAACUAUGGUCUGCUGUCAGGAGUCGUUUAGGAAUCGGUCAUGGACAACCAAACAGUCAGAGGACUGAUCCUGAUUCCCAGCUCUUCACAAACCCUUUCGGCAGUGAUGCCUCUGCGAAUGCCGCAACGGUAGACGCAAGGGACGGUCCUGGAGCAGGGCCUGUCAUGGAUGCCCAUAGUGCUAGAGAACGAAUGCUGAAUGAAAUUUCAAGAGCGUUCAACUUGGGUUUUUCUUCGCCGUCCUCAUCAGCUCCUCCUACAAAUUUCACCACCGAUGCAGGAGAUACGUCCCAAGGGCCUACCUUCGGAAGAGCGGAAGAUGGCAAUUCUGACUUAGGCCUGCCGUCUGAAGGCACGUUUGAGCGUUUCCUGUUGGACUUACAAGUUGAUUUGAGAAAUGUACUUACUGGGGAAGGGGAUGGUAGGACCACUCGCGAACACGGGGAGCCGGCUAUCCUAGAAACAGACAAUUCUGUCACAUCUCGGGACGAACGGCUACCACGUCCUCUCCGGGAACCCGAGCCUGAGGAUGACACCGCGGAGGAUUCUAUACCGUCCUUACAUGAUGUCUCUGAUUCCGAUGACGACACAGAGUCGAACAACAGUCAAGGGUCGUCUUUAGAUUCGUUUGCGUCCGUUUCGCCAGCAGAUGAAGCUGCUCAACACCCCUUCAAUGUAAGUGAGAGUCCAAAUGAUCCGUCUAUUCCACGACCAAGGAUCAACUACUGGCGCCUGCACCGAUUUCCGCCUAUACCUGCAGCUAGAGCUCAUGCUGCAGCCGAUAACGUUGCUCAGAAUAUGAGGUCUGGGUUGGGCGGACUGACAAGGGCUGCAACCCUGGCAUCUACUCCUACGUCACGUUCCGUGACAUCUACCCCCGCUGGAGAAGAUUCUGGGACAGGAGCCACGCCAUCAUUGUCGCGAGAUUCGGUGGUACAAGACUCACCCAAUACAGGGAGCGCAAAUGUAGUGGUACCUGUCAUCAUUGUCGGGCUGCAGAGCGUAAGUCCUUUUUGGGCGACGGAGCCAAUUACUACCCCAAGGAAUUUGAUGAAUCCAAGCCCUGCUCUCAGUCGAGCAGACAAUGCGAUCAGGUCUACCCCUACCCCGACUACUGGUACAAUGCUGCAAGACACUGGCUCUUCUGCCUCCUCGUCAACCUCUCCUGUGGGAAUGACUAGCCAAGGAACGCAAACACAAACAUCUAACACAGCCCCCCGUGAUAUUAUUGGUAUACCAAUCCCCUCCCCUGAUUCGAGGACGUUCUUGAUAUACGUGAUUGGAGGCUACUAUCCUCCUGACCAUGAAAUCGUAACUGGAACCGGCGAGAACGGUGUGUUGGAUUCUUCGUUUGAAGCACUGUUAUUGCUCAACGAACUUCUACAUCGUGCUCCUUUCGAGACGCCAAUCACGGUCACGAAAGAACAACUCAUCAAAUCUGGGUUGGAGAUAAUAAACGGCGGACAAAUGCAAGAAUGGGUAAAAGCAGGAAAAGUCAGAAGUAAUUGUGUCGAGCAAUGCUUGAUCUGUUUGGAAGAAUAUGAUAAGCAAGACUCUGUGCGAGUUUUGGAAUGUAAGCAUGCGUUUCAUAUGGAUUGUGUAGAUCGGUGGCUACUCGAGGGUAGAAACAGCUGCCCUGCCUGUCGGGGUAAGGGUGUAUCGGAAGGGAGCGAAGCCAGAUCGUCAUGAAUGCCAAUAAUUUCGCCUGUAGGUCGUUUCUGUGCCUCAUUUUUCCAAUGUCCCCAGUCGAAUGAUGAUAAGUACUACGCAUCCAAUAAUAUUCAUGAUAAGUUGCUAUUUCUCUACCAUAGACUGUACAAUAUUUAGUACGAAUGUUGCUUUAUUCCCGAUGGCUUGGUUGUUCGGC